CAGAGAAUGAAGACAAGGCAAUUUAAGCGAAAGUGCAGUUGAUGGAGGAAACACUAAAAUCGAUGCAAGGUGUCCAAACCAAUAAAUCAGUUAACAUCUCAUCUUUGUGCUUUUUCCCAAACAUUCAACUGCCUCACAAGUUUAAAUUGCCUAAGUCUGAUAAGUACAAUGGCACUGGUUGUCCUUAUGCCCACUUGACGAUGUAUUGUAGGAAGAUGACUUCUUAUGCUAAUAAUGAGAAGUUAAUGAUACAUUACUUUCAAGACAAUUUGACAGGUCCUGCAGAUGCUUGGUUCUCUACUUUAGACAAAAGUAAGGUCAAAAGUUGGCAUGAUUUGACUUACAAUUUCAUGAAGCAAUAUGAAUACAAUACAUCACUAGCUCCUAGUAAAGAGGAUAUUCAAAAAGCAGAAAAGAAACGAAGUGAGAACUUUAAGGAAUUUACUCAGAGAUGGCGUGGAUUGGCUGCUCGAGUUCAACCUCCACUAACUGAUCAUGAAUUAAGUAAUUUAUUCAUCAAGUCAACCAAAGGACCUUAUCGUGAGAAGUUAAUAACUUAUGUGGAUUACACUUUUGCCCAGUUGGUUGUUUUGGGAGAACAAGUGGAGGAUGGAAUCAAGUCUAGAAUUAUCAUGGAUUAUCAAGCAAUGAAGAGUCUCCUUAAACAAUACCAAAAUGAUAGUUCAGGGGCUUUUAGUUCAAAGAAGGUUGGCCAGAAUCAAAAGAAGGAAGAUGAGAAUGGCUUUAUAUGCUCAAUUUAUGAGGCAUAUGGAAGAAAUAAACAAGCACGUGGGCAGUUCGACAGUCGAUUCCAAGCUUUAACUCAUCAAUCAACGGCUUUUACAAGCCAACCAAGGCCCGUUUAUGCCUUUGGGGUUAAUCAUCCACAACAACACUGUAUCCAAGAUCUGAUAGAUGCAAAGGAGUUACAGAUUGCAUCAGAACCAAAGGUUGUUGGUCCGAAUAUCACUAAAAACCCCUUACCAACACACGAUAGUUCAACAGUCAAUAUGAUCGAAAAGGAUUUUGAGGAAGGUCAAGAGGUGGCUGCAGUUACUCUCACCAAUCAAGUUUCAUCAACUCCUAGACAACCUUUAAUAUUGAAGGCACCAACGCUUACAAUUCCAUUCAAACAAGGGGGAUCUUAGAACUGCUACUGAUGAGGGCUUGAAUAAGUGAACAAUGAAGUUUUUCCCUAUUGCUAUCAUUUUGGAAUGAAAUGUGUCUAUCAUG